ACCAGACUGGCCGAGGAAGUCGAUGUGUGCACUGUGCAGACAGCUACGCGAGCGUCGAAUGAGAACGAGAACGAGAACAGGUCCAGCCCAGACGAAGUGAUCCGUUUGAAUUCUUGCUGUUGGGCUGGGCCGGGGCCUACCAGGGACCAUGAUAUUUUUUUUUUAGAGACCGACAAGGAAAAAGGAAGUCUCUUCCUGCAAGGACUUGGAAUUUAUUUAUUUAGUAUAGUAUAUAAAUCAAUCGAACCGCUGCUCUCCCACAACACUCAGCAAGCAAGCAAGCUAGGCGCUAGCAAUCUUUCUUUCCUGGUCUCUGCGCGUGUGGCCAUGGACACUCUGAAGUCCCGUCUCAGUUUUAUUUUAUGCAUGUUAUAUUUGGCGGUAGGGAUUUUGCUCCGACUAUUGAAGGAUGAGCCUUCAAUAGCUAUAAUGGUCAAGGCAUGGCUUGCGAUAUGGGCUUGGCGGAAACUGGAUCGUCUCCUCCGCAAUAAGUACGGGCUGGGUUUGGUCGAUCUGUUGAGGAAUUCUUUUGACGGAGCUGAGAGGAGCUUGAUUCCGCUGUUGCACGACUAUCCCAUCAUACUUCCCGCGCUGCUUGCGUUAUGGGCUUGGCAGGCCCUGGGCUUGAGCUCUUUCUUCAUUAUGCUUGUUUUCGUCUUCCUUUUACGUUCUUGAUCCAUUCUCGUCUUUGGUUGUUUUUUUUUUCUUCCUCCCAUUCCAGCUUAAGAGACAAGGUAACUGUGGUUGUUGGACAUUGAAAUAUUAUAAUAUAAUAAUAAUAAUAUAUUUAAUGCAGUCUUUGCCUUUUGUUGGUUGUUGAUGCUAUCUAUGUAACAUAGGAAGAGCUUCUUUGAUGGUCGCACAAGGAAAGUUCAUACAUAGGCUUAUUGAUUAAAAACUCAGUACCGGUUGAACCACAAAAUAUCGUUUUCGGGCUCAAAUUCGAAACCGUACAAGCAGCCGUGAUAAAAAACGUCUACGUCAACCCUGUUAGCUUCAUUAUACUAAAAUCCUUAUCCUGAAUUUUUAUUAGGUUUAAGAAAUAGUAAUACCCUAAUCAUCAUUAACCACCUAUUAACCACUAACUUUCUAUUAACUACUUAAAUUACUCUUAAGCCAAUAAAAAUUACUUAAACAUACUCCUAAAUUUGUAGCAGUGGCACCAAUUGUCAUGUUUUACGAGUUUCUAGAUCUACUAGGAAUCAAACUCGAUAUUCUAUCUAGCCGAUCUUGGUUUACAAUUAACUCUACUAUUGCACUACUUAAAAACGCAACUUAAACUAGCAAAUAAGGCAAUCAAAGUAAAUGAGGGGUUUCUAGAGUGGGAAGACUCGUUUGGUCCAAGAAUCCCUAUAGCUAGCUAUGGGUUAAAUCAAGAUUAUUUUUGGAUCUUGUUCUACUCUUCAAUCUUUGAUCCUUCCCUUCAUUUUCCCCCCAUUUGGGCUUUAAUUGGGGAAAAUCUCUUCAAAACAUGGCGCAUCUUAUAUACCCAUACGUAGAAGGUGUUUCAGGUUCGUAAAACGGAGCUCUAUACUCUUGACACCCAAAAUGAUAUCACACUCCUCAAGUCCUUCAAAGUCAAACGACGGGCACGAAAGUUGACUUCUCAGGCUGUGAAACUUCUCACGGUAAUUAUGUUCACGGGACAUUAAACUCUGUGUGCCUUGCCUUGACAACUCUAUUUUCAAUGAUAUCGUCCAUGUCCAUGUAUUCUGGUGUCAAUUGAGGGGUCAUGUGUUUCGAAUAAAUCCUAAUACCUCUUAACCAGAUCCUGAUACCAUCAUUGAAGAUUUUUUUUUUUGUCAUCACCAGAUGAUAGAGAGGGUAAAAGAAUUAGGAGGAUCUAGACUCUAGAGAAGAAUCAUAAGGAGUAUUGUAAGAGAAAUUCGGGAGAGAUGCAGAUGAGUGGUCGACGACCUAUUGAGGGUGAGUGAGAUGAAAUUUUUUUAGGGUUACAAGGUUUAGAGGAAAUAUUUUGUAAUUAUUUUCUGUCUAUUUCUCUGAAAAUUUCAAAAUAGGAAAAAUUGCAAGGACUCUCCUCAUUAAGGCAAUGGAUCGUUUGUAAAAAAAAAAAAAAAAAAGAAGGUAAUAGAUCGACUUAGGGUAUCCCCUAACUGCUUUUCCCAACAUUAUUGCAGUUUUAAAAUUCUGUAAAUUUCUAAAGUCAAGUCCCGCCAAUUUCCUCACUGUCAUACAAGGGAGUCUCAACUCUCAACUUCACCAUUUUAGUUUGUUUUCCUUAAUCUUUUUGUUCCUACCAGAAAUUCAAUAUCAUUAUUUCGAUAUCCUAAGUAAUUUCGUCAAGGAUGUUAGAAACAUUAAUGUAAAACCGCUGAGUGUGAGGUUUAAUUUAAUUAUAUCUUGUUGAAACAAAAUGGUAGUAUAGUUAAAUCUGAGGUCUCAUCACCACGAGUGAUGAGGUAAGAUGAGCACCUGAGUUCGAAAUCCAACCUAUUGUAUGUUACUAAUAUGGAAAACAAAUCAUAAUUAAUAUUAUAGCAUCGCCAAAGAAGAUCUGGAAUGAGGAAGGUGUUAUUCCACCUAAUUAAUUAGUUAGAAAACCCUAAAAUCAACGAAGAAUAUAUAAAGGCGUGUGAGGAGGAGGACGAGGGGAAUCAUAUAUUGGAAACUGUAACAGCAGCAGCCUGGCAGUGACGAUUGACGUAACGAGCGAUUGUGAUUUGUUUUUGUGGGUGGGUGUUGAUAUUCCACGUAAGGAUUCUAUUCUCUCUAAUCCAAUCUAUCUUUCUUGCUCUACUAUUCUAUAUAUGAUUGUAGUAUAGGUUAUCCGAGGUAGUGAUUGUACGUAGUUUACUUAUCUGAUUCGUAUCAACACAUGGAAUACGUAGUUAGACAAAAAAAAAAAACACAUCGUGUUGACCAUAGAAGUGUGUUAGAGAGCUCGCAAACGUUAUCGAUAGAAUGUUUUCUGAAAAUGUUAUUAGGAGUGUGAGAACUGAAAUCAAAAUGCAGUGCGCGGUUAAUAACUAUGGUUACAUUAAAUUUCAAAGACUUGUUCAUUGCGUAACUUUAGUUAACCAACUAUCUCCUCUCUACCCGCUGCUCUGUUGCUGCAAUUCCUCUACUUCUGCUUAUUAUUUUCUGGUAAGCUUCACUUAACAUAACUCUUCUUCUCCAUCUUUCUAGUUUGACAAUAAGAUGCAUCUGAAAAUCCUUCAUACAAAAUCCUGUUAUGCUCAUGUGUUACUGUUCUAGCAAAUUCGUGUAAAAAUAGUAUGAUUGUGAGGGGGAAAUUGAAAUUCAGUGGUGUUUUGCUUUUUUUUUUUCUAUAGAAAAAGGCUGUUGUAGACUUUAUGUUUCUUUUUAUGUUUGGGCGGACUUUUCCCAACCUUCCGUGUCAAGUUGGGCUUCGAGAGGCCCAUAUUACCCAAUGAUUUUGUAUCAAUGAAAGCAGCCCUUACCCGAAAGUUCAUGAAGCGAAACAGGCCCAAGAUUUAAAUGUCAUAGCCGACCCAUUUAUUUACUUAUUUAAAAGAAGAUAAUUCAUCGAAUUAUUAUUAUAUAUGUUAUCAAAAUGAAAAUAUAUUUCUACAAAAAAAAAAAAUUAUUACAUUUUAAGAAAAUUUAGCAGAUAGG